AUGCCUCCUAUCGCCCUCGAAGACCCUCCCACCACCACCACAACCACUCUCAACCCCAAAGACUUCCCUCCGCCCACUCACCCCGGCAAACUGCACGUCCACCGCUCCUCCAAACCCUUCGCGUCCGGCGCAAUCUCCCAGACCAGCCUCCCCGCCGGCUCCCUCUUCGCGCCCAUCACCGGCACCACCUCCUCGCACAAGGCCUACACCUCCGUCCAGACCGGCCGCGACAGCCACAUCGAGCUGAACUCCGACCUGGUCUACUGCAACCACUCGUGCGCGCCCACGCUGGACUUCGACAUGCACGCCAUGCAGGUGCGCGUCGUCGCCGGCCGGGACCUCAAGGUCGGCGAUCCGCUUACGUUCUUCUACCCGAGUAGCGAGUGGGAGAUGGACCAGGCGUUUGAGUGCAUGUGUGGGGCGGAGUCGUGUAAGGGAUUUAUUAAGGGUGCGAAGGAGAUGUCAAGGGACCAGCUGAAGGGGUACUGGUUGAAUCCGCAUAUUACGGAGUUGUUGGAUGAGCGGGACGCGAGGGCUGAGUCGUCGGGUUCGGGGUCGGUUUAG